AGGCUAUUUUUGGUGCCUGGAUAUCAAGGCGGCAAUUUCGGAAGCUCAACUGGAAGCAUCCAAAGCUCAGACAUCAACUGAUCGUUGUUCCAAGGCAUUGGAACUUCCCCCGCGUCCUCUGCACUCUGCCACAUCAGCGCGAGCGCCUGGUCCCGGACUACGUCGAAGAUAUUUUUUAAGGUCACAGCCUACGCCCAAGAUGCCGACACCCGAAUCUGCCGCCUUCCUGGCCAAGAAGCCGACCGUGCCCCCAACCUUCGACGGUGUCGACUACGACGACAACAAGCGCUUGAAGCAGGCCCAAGAUGCAAUCAUCAGGGAGCAGUGGGUACAAGUCAUGAUGGGGCGUCUAGUACGGGAGGAGCUUAGCAAGUGUUACUACCGGGAAGGGGUCAACCAUCUGGAGAAAUGCGGCCAUUUGCGAGAACGGUACCUGCAACUUCUCAAGACCGGCCAGGUGAAGGGUUAUCUGUUUGAGCAACAGAACUACAUUUCGAAACAGGAAUGAAUGGAAUUGGAGGUUACUGGAGUAUAAAGCAUUUCGAAUUGGCUUUUUAUGAGGCAUCUCUCGGACGGUCGAGGCGAGAGCAACAGCAGGGCUGCAAUUGCAGUGCAUGAGGGUGCUGAUAUACAGGGGCGGAGGUCAAGCGGAAGCCACCCCAACUGUACAUAUACCGAUCCAAUGUACCCAAUCGGACAUUUCAAAUUUUCAAAA